AUGUCGUACUUUACCUCAGUAUUCGGAAGACAAACUAAUGAGAGUAAAACAGAAUCAGUGGCCUCACUGAUUGAUGAAGAGAUUUUGCAGUUGGCAGAAUCAAUAUCAGAGUCUGCUUCCGUGGCCGUAGAACUGUCAACUGAGGAGUCACCUGUAACCCAAUCAGCCUUCCAAACCUCCUUUGGUCAAACAACACUUGUGUCUUUCACGACAACCGGUAUCAUCGAACCUGGAGGGCAGAUAGUGAUCUUCCUCAUCCAACUUCCUGACGACGAUCGAAAGCGCAGCAUCAAUAAACGAGAAGUCGGCGGGUUUGUUGGAGACGGUAGCCCCGAUACCUGCACGUUUGCUUCUACCUUCAACCUCGCCCAGGGCCAGCUCUUCAAGAAUGACAAUCCCCUCUUUUACUCUGGCGAAGACUUUAAAGAGCUAGUCAAUCAAGGGAUGCCACCUUCAGAUGCAAUUACCAAGGGCUUUGCUUCGACUGGAACAUCGCUUACCUUCCAGAAUGAUGACUUGCCCAAUGGACAAGCAGGCUUUUGUCAGACCUCUGAUGGACAAGUUUAUAUCACGUUCACAUCUAAGCCACCUGGAUGCACACCUAUCACCCUUGGUGUUCAUGACGGCAUGCCACUUCGUUUUUCUCGAUGCCAGAACGGCAUACUCAGUGGCGUUGAUCACAAUAGCUCUAGUUCGACUACGACAGCAACCCAAGAGACCAUAAUUUUGUCGGAAAAAGCUACCACCCUGUCUUCUGAACUUGUCGAGUCAUCCAACUCCAGUUUAAGGGUGACAACAAUCCAACCCGACUUGACUUCAUCCUACGAAACACCGUCGAGCAUUGAUGACGUGGCCUCAACUACGUCGUUGGUGACUGACGAUCCAACCUCAGACUCAUCAACAUCUGAUUCAUCUUCAUCUGAGCUUGCCGAAUCUAUCACCGUAUCGGAUAGCACUUCCCCCACUUUAGCCACUCUCGAAGCAUUUUCUGUACAGAUAAUGAUAGAAUCUGUAGGCGAUAUAGUGGAAGAGAUAACUAGCAUCGAAGCGACCACGGAAGUCUCUACUGCCGCAGAUGAAGCAGCUGUAAAGACUACUACGACCCAGAAACUCCAACUACAGCAGUCGACGCCUGUGUAG